ACGUGUGAACUGAGCCCGUUGGAGAAGACCUCACUCUGCGUUCCUCCAUCUCCGGAUGUAGGUCACGUCACAUUCCUUCCGAAGCCAAACAUGGAAAAUCUGACAUUUGGAAACCCAGCAGGCACGGACAUGGACCAAGCCCAAUUGCAGCAAGCAGUGGUGGAAGGGGGUGAACCGUAUGAACCCCAUUCACCCAUUUACUCAUAUGAUGAAGUGUUCCCUGCUCUGCCGGAAGCCUCUGUUCCCACAGGGAAUCCGGCUGAUGUCAACAACCAGUGGAACCGAACUCUUCGCAUUGGAUCAUCUGUGACAACUCAGAUUUUUCAUGUACCAGUAGAAGAACGCAGACGAGAUGAACAGGAUUUUGGAGGAGACAGCCAAGCUAAGAGAUGUCAGGAAAUCAUGCAGAAGACAGGAGCACAUUUGGAAGUUGCUUAUGGAAAGGAUGACUCUCUCACAUUUGUUGUAACCGGGAAGCAUAAGGAUGUCUUGGAUGCCAAGCGUCGCAUUCUUGAAGCAUUUCAAACACAAGCUAAUGUAACAAUACAAAUACCAAAAGAGCAUCAUCGAUUCAUUUUGGGUCGGAAUGGAAAGAAGCUUCAGGAUCUUGAGAAGGCAACAGCCACAAAGAUUAGUGUCCCAAAAGCAGAGAACCCAUCAGGUGAAGUGAGAAUUAUGGGGACCCGAGAAGGGAUUGAGAAGGCAGUUCAUGAGAUCAGAGUCAUUUCAGAUGAGCAAUCAAAACAGGCAUACGAGAGAUUGAACAUUCCAAAAAUAUACCAUCCAUUCAUCGCUGGAGCACACAGUGAGAAGGUGAACAAGCUAACGGAAGCUUGGGGUGUCCGAAUCAAUAUUCCCCCUCAGUCAGUGAUGAAGGAUGAGCUCACUGUAGCUGGGGAGAAGGAAGCAGUGAAGAAGGUGGUUGAGGCCAUCCAGAAGGCCUAUCGAGAAAUCGAGCGACAUUGUAGUACUGUUUCUGUGGAGGUAAAGAAAUCUCAGCACAAGUAUAUCAUAGGACCCAAAGGCAACACCAUAGCAGAGAUCUUGGGUGAGACAGGAGUCAGUGUAGAGAUGCCACCCCAGGAGUCCCCAUCAGGGACAAUCACAUUAAGAGGACCUCCUGAAAAGCUUGGACCAGGUGUUGUUGACUAUGAUGAGUACAUACAUUGGCAGGCUCCCUCUUCUGAGAUGAACCCGUUAUCAAAUAAUUAUGCUGCAGUUCUUCUGCCAACUGAGUCACUUCAGGAUGUAUUUAAACAUUUGCUGUUGCUUGGUAGUUUCAUAAUUGCUGCUUGCUUUUAUAUUGCAGCAUUGACAAUGGUCUAUUCCAAGGCUAACAGUGUCAAGUCUACUGAGAUGAAGGCUCCUGCUUGGCUUCAUAAAUAUAUCAUUGGAAAGAAAGGUGUCAACAUACGAAACCUGACGCAGGACAAUCCGAAAGUACAUGUGGAAUUCAAUGAAGGUGACAAAAUCCAACUGGAAGGCCCUCCAAAAGAAGUGGAUGAGAUUGAGGAUAAGUUGACUGCUGUAAUUCAAGAUCUGGAGCAGCGUCUUACUUUUGAAGAGCUUGAAGUUGAUACUCGUUUUCAUCGUCACAUUAUUGGACGGCAGGGUGCCAAUGGCAAGUCCAAUUAUGAUAUGAAUCGAAUCAAGCAGGAAACAGGAGUGUUCAUCAGGUUCCCAGAUGGAGAGACCUUGAACAAAAUACUGAUUGAAGGGAGUCGGGAUGGUGUAAAACGGGCUGUUAAGGAUCUCAAGGAACUAGUUGAAAAAAUUCAGAAUGAAAAGGAGCGAGACAUCAUCAUCCCCCAGCGCUUUCAUCCCAAGAUCAUAGGCUCAAAGGGAGAAAAUAUCAGGGAGACUAGGGAUCGCUUCAACAAUGUCCAGAUCACCUUCCCUGCACCAGGUGUGGCAAGUGAGAUUGUGAAGAUUCGAGGCCCAAAAGAUGACGUUGAUGCAUGCUACAGCCACCUACGAAAGGUGUGCCGUGAGAUGGAGGACAGUAGCUUUCAAGUGGAGGUCCAGAUCUACAAGCAAUUCCACAAAUUUGUCAUUGGGAAGGGUGGUGCCAAUAUACGCAAGAUCCGAGAGGAGACCAAUACCCGGAUUGAGAUUCCAGGUGAUGAGAGCGAGAGUGAUAAGAUUGUCAUCACAGGCAAGAAAGAGGACUGUGAAAAAGCAAAAGACAUGAUUCAGAAAAUCCAGAAUGACAUGGACAAUGUGGUUCAGGUAGAUAUCAUUGUACCACAGAAGUUUCACAAUGCCAUCAUUGGGACUGGUGGGAAGUUGAUUCAAAGCAUAUCCCAAGAUUGUGGUGGAGCAUAUAUAAAGUUCCCCCCAUCAGAUGUUUCCUCUGACAAGGUGACCAUUCGUGGACCAAAGGAAGAGGUGGCAAAGGCCAAGAAAAUCAUUAUUGAAAUGAGCAAUGAAAGACAGCUCAUGAAUUAUACUGCUGAAGUGAGGGAUAGUACUGGAGCCAGGAUCAUAUUCCCAACUGAGAAAGAUGAAGAUCGGGAGGUCAUCACUAUUAUAGGAAGGGAAGAAGCAGUUAAGAAAGCCAAGGCUGAACUUGAAGUGCUGAUCAAGGAACUGGUGGGUCCUUCAUUGAACUCAUCUAGCAAUGUGGGCCGUUGCCCUAUCCUACUGGAACUGCAUUCCAAGAGGAAGGCCACAUCAAUGAAUCUACACAUCCAAAAACGACUGCAACAUUUGGAUGUAGAGUACAGCAUUGAUCGUGAUUGUGUCGCCAUUAUCAUCCUUGAAACAGUUCAGGCCGAUCACUCCACCAACCCUGCAACCUCGGAGGCUUUGGAAAAUCACAAAUGGGAGAAAGUUGCUGCUGUGCCUGUCGUGUUGUGCGAUGACACAGUAGUGGAGGAGGAGGUACGGGUGGAUGCAAAGCAUCACCGCCACUUCACAUCUCGACGAGGUGCCGUCCUGCAGGAAAUCAGCGAGAACUAUGGUGGGGUCAUAAUAUCAUUCCCUAGAGCCAAUGAGACCCACGACCGUGUUCUUCUCAAGGGUUCCAAGGAAUGUGUUGAUGGAGCUAAGCAGCGCAUUCUGGAGAUAGUAUCUGAUCUGGAACAAAUGGUGACAAUGGAAUGUGAGAUCCCUCAGCGUCAUCAUCGUACCAUCAUGGGAGCCAAGGGCUCUAAGGUCCAGGCAAUAGAGGCAGAAUUUGAUGUCCGAAUCAAGUUCCCCGAGCGUGAAGUUGCCAAUGGAGAGGAAGGAGUUCCAGAGAUGAAUGGGGUCAUAGAUUCUAAGGAACCACUCCCUCGGGACAUUAUCAAGGUGACAGGGAAGGUGGAGAACUGUGAGAGGGCUAAGGCAGCCCUUUUUGAAUGCAUCCCCAUUGUUAUUGAUGUUCCAGUGCCAUUUGAUUUUCACAGAUUCAUCAUCGGUCUCAAAGGGAAGGAAGUAAGAGACAUGAUGAUGAAGUAUGAUGUCAACAUUACUGUCCCACCUGCAAAGGAUCAUGCUGACACGAUAAAAGUGACGGGGCCUCCAGCCAAUGUUGAACGUGCCAAGGAAGCUUUGGAAGAGAAGGUGAAGCAAUUGCAUGCAGAGAAGGAAGAUCGUGCAGCCCGCAGUUAUGAGCUUAGGGUUUGUGUUUUCUUCCCUUUUGAUGAAGAUUGUAUCUUUGGCCCAAUGAUGAUAAAAUGCCUUAGCAAGGCCGGUCUCAUGCCAUGGGGGUUGGAAAGGACUGGUGCUGAAGAAUUAUGCAGUCAGGUUCAGAGGGUGGGGAUUCCCUCGACAAGGGAAGGCAAGGGGCAACGUCCAGGGUCUCACCCAGUACCCUUCACUUCUGCCCUUGGGAAGAUGAAUGUGGAGGCCAAAUACCACCCAAAGAUCAUUGGACGAAGAGGUGCAACAGUGACAAAGUUGCGUGAUGACUAUGGAGUGAACAUCCAGUUCCCAAACAUGCAAACAAAAGAAGAUGAACCAGAUGUGAUUAUCAUCACAGGAUAUGAAGAUAAGGCCCAUGCUGCCUCUGAUGCCAUCAUGAAGAUGGUCAAUGACAUGAGAGAAAUGAAAGAGGAGGAAGUAAGCAUUGACCACCGUGUGCAUUCACGCUUGAUUGGUCAGCGUGGUCGCAAUAUCCGACGCAUCAUGGAGCAAUUCAAAGUGGACAUUCGCUUUCCUCGACAGGAAGACACUGAUCCUAAUCGUGUGGUCAUUAUGGGCCAUGAGGAAGACAUUCAGGAAGCUAAGGACUAUUUGCUCAAUCUUGAAGAAGAAUUUUUGCAAGAUGUGACUGACAGCGAGAUGUACUACAGGCCAUCUCGGUAUGCUGAUGAUGACACCCCGAAGGGAGAUUCAAAGAGCUUUGUUGUGAAGGGUGGCCCAUGGGAGCAAGGUCCUGCACCUGCCCCUGACAUGAAGUCCAAUGAAGAUUUUCCAUCAUUUGGGGAUGUUUCAGCAGCCCCUGUCACUCCUGGUGGGGCUUGGGGCAGCCAUCGGCGAAUCUAGAUUCAGCGCCCCUCUUUUUUUUUCGGUAUUCCUGGGAAUUUUUUCCUUUGUUUUUGUAAAUUAGACCUGAUAUUCUUCCAUAUCUCACUCACAAUCUGUCUCACCAUCUGAUCAGUUUGAGUGCAUGCCUGGAAACCACUUGGGAGAGAUUGUGUUUUUUUGUGGAGUGAUUCUGUCCAGCAAUGAUGCUGAUUCAUUCUGCAUAAGUACCCAUUUUAAGAGACAUACUGUGACAAUGGUCCUUUGUGAAGAUGCUAAUGAACAAAGGAAAUGACUCAACCCUAUUCAUCACUUGCUUGCUGCAAUGACGACGACCGGCUCACGGACCCUGGCCGACGAGUUAUUGGUAGAACUCAUGGAAAUAUUGUGCGUACGGAAACCCUCAUUCCUGUGAGGGUGCAUACUGCAUACAUUCUUCAUCAGCAGUUUCUCUGAUCAUCUGUGAAAAGCCCAGAGGAGCUUGCAAAAAAAUGUCUUCCGCAUUUUUGAAAAAAUUUCCUCCCUUUAUGUACCUUGAUUUCACCCUCCCAUGUUUGAGUGUCAUGAAUUUUUUCAGCCAUUUUUCUUUCAUCUGCAGCUGUACUGCAACAGAAAAGCUCAAGUCGUAAUGUUCAGAGUGUUUGUUUUCAUGAGUUUUUUUCUUCCUUUAAUUGACAGUUAUUCAGAUAUCCUUGUGAGCAUUUUGGAUUGCAAGCACAAAAUUGCAUGUACAUGGUUCUUACUUGUGGCUCUACGAAUGAGUCACUCAUUUUGUUGCCAUAGGUGACGGAGUUGUAAAGAGGGGUACACUUUGUGAGACUGCUCUUUCGUUGCCUUAUUCGAUAUUUCCCUUGGGGGUAAGGGACCCAAUGCCCCCUUCGAGGUGUUUCUUAUGCCCAGGGACUCAAAAAUGGGGGAAAUAAGACUUCUGAUUUUUGUACGGAGAUUAUAUAUUGGGUUUAUAAAGAUUUCAAACAUUAUCGAUCUGCCUGGAGUGUGUGGUCAGAAAUAAAGUGAUAUUAUUGGGAUA